ACAGCCGGAGGAAAUUGGAAAAUCCUUUGCAAUGACGACAGGAAAUAUCAGCAUCAACUUGUGAUUUUAUUAUAAAAUGAAAAAGAACCUUUUGAAAUCACUAUUUUCGUGCUCUAUUCUUUACAAAAUGGACAUAAGGUUGAUGGUCCGUUUUCUUUUACUUCACUCCGUUUUCAUUAUCGUCAGUGCUCAGAGUGAAGAAUAUUCGAACUGCGAAGUGAAAACGAAGACUACGUCUUAUCUGGAUGUAGCAACACAGAUGAUAAGAAAUGCGAAAGAAAGUUAUCGCCCGUGUCCAAGUAUGCAACAUAAAGCUAUCGAUUGCGAGGAAAUAUUAAAAGCAGGCCAUAAUGAAAGCAAAGUAUACACUGUUUGGCCUAACAGUAGAGUGUUGAAUGGAAGAUCCAUUGAUGUCUUCUGCGACAUGGAUACUGAUGGAGGAGGAUGGACGGUCCUGCAAAGGAGAGGUAACUUCUCAAGGCCGAAAGAUUACUUUUUUCAAGACUGGAAGGCUUACAAAACGGGUUUUGGAAACAUUGAAAAGGAUUUUUGGCUAGGUAAUGACAACAUCUUUGCUUUGAGUAAUCAAAGACUGACUUCCAUACGCUUCGAUCUGAAAGACGUCGAAGGACAGAAACGCUACGCCUUAUAUGACACCUUCUGGAUUGACGAUGAGGAUCACAAAUACACCUUGCAUAUUGGUGGUUACAGUGGCGAUGCUGGAGACUCAAUGAUAGGAUCUCAUAACAAUAAUAAAUUCACGACUAAAGACCAAGAUAACGAUAAUGAAGCCAAUCAGAGCUGUUCACAACUUUAUAAAGGUGGAUGGUGGUAUGGCGCGUGCCAUGCAUCGAAUCUGAACGGACUGUACUUGAGAGGGAAGCAUGAGAGCUACGCGGAUGGAGUCGUCUGGCAUUCCUGGAAAGGCCACCAUGAAUCAAUGGACACCACAGAAAUUAAAAUCAGAUCAAAAGAUUUCAGGAAAAUUUUGAAUCCAUUGGUGAAUGUUUCACCAACGGAAACAAUGACGCCAGAAUAAAAAGCUAUUGUUUCAA